CGGAAAUGGACUGGUCGAACUGGAUGAAUAAGACACAAUGAACUCAGAGUUGAAUGAAGAGGCAGUAGAAAUGAACGAGGAUGAUGAUGAAGACGAGGAGGAACCGAAGGAGAGAGAUGAUGAUGGUGAUGAUGGUGAGGAAGGGUUUUCAGUGCUGUCAGAUCUGCCGGUUGAGAUGAGCGAGAGACGCCCGACCUGCCGCAGAUGCUGUCGGCCGGUGAAGGUGUGUCUGUGCCCGUAUCUCCCGCCGCAUCCCCUCGACGUCUCCACGUGUCUCUACAUCGUCCAGCACCCGGCCGAGGAGAGUCGCGUUCUGCGCACCGUUCCGCUCCUGGCUGCGUGUCUCCCUCCGGGCAAAUGCAGAGUUUUCAUCGGACGGCGGUUCUCUGAGGAGAGAUAUCCGGAGCUGGCGGCCGUGUGUAGAGACCCGCGCUCCCUGCUGCUGUAUCCCGGAGCCACGGCCGACAAUCUGGAGGAUCUGAGCACGGAUUUCACCGCGACGCCCCACAACGUCAUUCUGAUCGAUGGCACCUGGAGUCAAGCUAAAGACAUGUUCCUGAGGAACGCUCUCCUGCGGCUGCCCAGACAGGUUCAGCUCCGCAGCGCCCCCUCCAGUCAGUACGUGAUCCGCACGCAGCCCACCAACAUGUGCGUGUCGACGCUGGAGUGUGCGGCCGUCACUCUGUCCAUCAUGGAGAAGAACCACAGCAUUCAGGAGGUUCUUCUCAAACCUCUUCAGGCUCUGUGUUCCUUUCAGCUGCAGCACGGCGCUCAGAUCCACCACAGCAAAGAACAUCUCAUCAAAAACGGACAAUACAACAAGAUCAUGCCCAAAAACAAACGCAAGAUACGAAGGAUGCAGAAACUCAUCAGCAACCAGAAUAUAUGAGACCUUUACUAUGAAACUACAGCAUAUUUUUCAGUUUCUUCUACAGUUUCAGCUUUUGUAAAAUUAUUAUUAUUAUUAUUAUUUGUAGUCUGUCUAGGUUUUAAUGAUGUGAAUGAGGGUUUACUAAGCAAUAUUUACAUGAUCUAUCUGUGUGAAUGAAACUUCAUCUGUUCACUCUGGGUUUAUAUUGAACGCGUUCAGUAAUGACUGAUUGUAGAAUUAAAGCGGUUGAUGUUUGUUUGA